CCAACAAACCGCGGGAACUUGGACAACCCACACAAGCCGAGACGGAGUCCAACCCCAACACGGGCCGUCCACCCCGCCCACUAAAACCGCAGCCGCCCGCCGAGCCCAAACCCUAACCAGCCUUCCUCUUCCUCUUCCGCCCACGCGCGCCGCUGUUUCCGAACCGAAGCGCGCUCCACGCCCCGCCCCGCCCCACCUCGCCGGGCUGCCGGACUAGCGAUCCAACCGCUCUCCACUCCUCCCCGCUGGCAAUGACGGACCUGGAGCCCCGGAAGAUCUUCGUCGGCGGGCUCCCGCGGUCCGUGGUGACGCCGGACGGCCUGAGGGCCCACUUCGCCCGCUACGGCGAGGUGGUGGACGCGGUGGCGAUGGUGAACCCGGAGAACGGCCUCGGCCGCGGCUUCGGCUUCGUCGAGUUCGCCGACGAGGCUGCGGUGCUGAGGACGCUGGACUCGAGGGAGAGGGACAUGCAUGUCUUCAACGGACGCAAGGUCGAAGUUAAGAGAGCUCAAACAAGAUCCGUCCGGACUCGGCCUACUAGCUACAGCCCAAAUGCUGAUUUGAAGAUCUUUGUGGGGGGCCUACGAGACAAUGUUACUGAAGAUGACCUCACAAAUUAUUUUCAGAAUUUUGGCGCGAUAACUGAUGUUGUCGUGAUGUAUGAUAGAAUAACAAGAAGGACAAGAGGAUUUGGUUUCGUAACCUUUGAUUCCCAUGAGGCUGUGAACAAGGUUUUGGAGAGUCGCUUUCAUGACUUGAAUGGAACAAAAGUGGAAACCAAGAAGGCAGAACCAAGGGAACAUGCUCAAUGUCAAAAUGAGCACUAUCAUGGUUCAAUGACUGCUAACCGCUAUAGUGGAAUGUACUCAUUGCACAACAUCUCAUAUCUUGUUCAUAAUGGUCAUUACUUUGUUCCUGCAUAUCCAUGCAUUUAUGCACCACACGGAACUGUAAACUAUGGCUACAUGAUGAACCAAAUGGCCACAUCAAAUGAUACAGGCAUGAUGGUUAUGCAGGGUUCUCCUAUGAUAUAUGCUGAUUAUGGAAGAUAUCCCAUGACUAUGAGUACUAAUUAUCUUGGUCAUACUGAUUUGAAUCUUGGAAGUGGUAGCAAAACGAAUCAAGUCAAGGGAAAUCGACAAAGAGUUGACAUCCACACUUCUGCUGGCAUUAAAUCAGAUCCCGUGAAGCCAGAUUCCAGUAACUUACUGUGAGCAGGAUAAUGUUACAACAUUUGUGACACUUAGCCGGCAAUAUUUUGUUUGGGAACUCUCUACGGCCGUGAAGAGUUUAGCUCUGACGUCUCAUCUGGGAAUUGUUCCACUUACCCUCAUUAUUUGUUCAGCCUGUUGUACAUGGAGUACAAGCUAUUAGGGAAUCGACAUCUGUAUCUAUGCUUGAAUUCUGUUUCCCUGCUACCUUUAUUCUUUUGACUGUCACGAUCUAAUGUCUUGAUGGCCUUGGUUUUAAAUAUUUCAUAUUUGCUUA